AUGAUUACUGCAUCCAGGAUUGAAUUUAGACUCACAGUAAGGGCAUCGCAGAGGCUCCUUACUUGUCUUGUACUCAGCAAACGUCAUUGUAGUGUUACAAUUUCCACACAGGACAACUUUCUCUUCAGUAUUGGAAUGAUAGCGGAGUACUUCAUGGCUUGUAGAUUCCUUAUGACACUCAUAGCAUGGGUAGAAUGUCUCGCAGCAUUUAAAUUUCAAUGCGAUGAUGUCGAGCUCCGAGUGCCAAUGCUCACAACGUGUGUGAUUGUCGACAAGUUUUCCUUUCAGCAAGAUUUCUGUCAUAUUGCAAUUUUAUAA